AUGGAGGCGUCCGAGAAAUUCUGCCAGUUUGAACGUUAUUUACGUACCCUUUGCAAGAUAAUCGGUUUCGAUGUGAUGAUCGAAACGUGGAAAAAGUCGUACCAAACAUACAUGUCGAUCUUGCUCUGUUCACAGUACUUCAUAUUGAUGGUUUACUCGCUGAUCAUUGCUAGCGACACGUUCGAGCUGUUCAAAUCCCUCUCAUUUUUGGGGUUUUUCUUUCAGUGUUCGCUGAAGAUAUACUACACGAUCCAGCAAGCACCUCAGUAUGCGGUGAAUUUUUCCUGCCUGAAGGAAGCGAUCUACGAGCGUCACUCGAAAGGGACCCUGGCACAAAAGACGACCAUUACCCGGAUCAUAGAUCUAUUGGUGCUCAUGACGAAAGCCAUCUCAGUUCUUUAUACUUCGUCCUUGUUUAUUUUUUCACUGUAUCCGGCUUAUAUGUACUUUGUGGUACAUGUGAAGGUACCGAUCUUUCCAUUGUAUAUACCGGGGAUUAACAUCUACUCGGCGUACGGUUAUGGCAUCACCAAUUCGCUUCAUAUGGUGAUCGCUGUGUACGGGUUACUCGGUGCACUGACGUCCGAUAUUGCCUUCAUUAUGUUUGUGGUGCAUUUCGUUACCUAUGGGGGGCUGUUCAAGAUUGAGUGUGAACAGUUUGACCAGGAUCUGAGUGGUGUUUCGCAGCACUGUGAGUGGCGAACGGUAGUAUAUAAAACGUUCUGCCGCCAACGGAUGCGCGCCAUCUAUCAGUAUCAUCAAAGCGUUAUCUUCUAUCUGGAGUCCAUGCAGGAGUGCUAUCGAAAUAUCUGCGUAGUGCAGGUGGCUUCGUGUAGUUUAUCGACCGUAUUCAAUCUAUUUUUGGCCUUGACAACGGAUUGGUACGCAACGUACGGAUUUAUUGUGAUAUCUGUGUUUCAACUGUUUGUGUACUGCUUGAUGGGAACUGUGAUGCAAAUAAUGAACGAACGAAUGAUUGAUUACAUCUCGAAUCUGCCCUGGUAUAUGCUCCCAACCGAAGAGCAGAAGCAGUUUAAGUUUAUGCUCGCACGCAGUCAGCUUUCAGCAGAAAUAAUGAUCCGCAGUGUCGGUCCGAUGAACAUGGAAACCUUCACUGACAUUAUGCAGAAGAUGUACUCCGCAUUUGCCAUGAUGUACAGUUUUCUGGUUGAUCUUGGCUAGUUUACAUUGCUAUCCAAAACAAUAGUAAAGCUUCGUAUUCCUUGAUUUGUUUAUGAAUUUUAAGUUUAUUAGUUUUUUUUUAAUAUUCUGUGUGAUUGUUCUCCUAAAAAAUUGAUUAC